GGCACACGGACUCUCGUCUGAGAUGAGGCUCCCACAUAAUAUUACUAUCACGGGGGAUUACAGCUCCAAAUAAAUAAGAGAUAUAAGAGUUCAUCUCGAGAGAACAGAGAGGAUUUUCCAGGAUGGAAUUCCCAGUGGAUUUAUUGGCCACUGUGGAGCCUGAAGUCCUGGAGCAGUCAGCGAAAGACUACAUGUUUAAACUGCUCUACAGAAAUCCAGAAAUACAUGAGUCCCUCAGCUUACCUGACUCCAGUGAGGUUGAAGUUAGCCUCUGUAAUGUGAGCUUUGUGCCCUUAUAUGGAGUUGACGUUAAACAUAAGAUCCUUGCACUGUUCUCACCAGAAGACUGUUUCAAAGCUGUUGGACUCUAUCUGCAGGGUCAGUGGUGGUCAGCUGAGGAUAUUCUUAAAACAGCAGACCCCUCAAGAACAGGACUGCUCGAGGUCAGAACACCUGGAGAGAGGAUCGUCCUGUAUGUUCUCAAUAGGAUUAUAUACAGAACGAAGGAGAAAGCCAGUGAUGACAUCCACUUCCUGUGCCAUGAAGAACAUGAAGUUGCCAAAAUCUUCUGGAAAAAUGGCGAAGCCAUUGGCUUUUACUCAGUCAAACCUGAGGGCAGCUUAUGCAACAGCUUCGUGACACAGUGCUAUCAGCUUCCUAUUAUGGAUACCAUAUUCAUCAGGAAACGUCACCGUGGCAAUGGAUAUGGCCUACAAAUGCUUGAAGACUUUGUCAGGAGUUUUAAAAAGGAUUGUCUGGGUUUGAAAUACCCACUUUCACCAGCAAUGUUUAAAGUUUGUAAAAACUAUCUCAGCACUUACCCAGCAAACAAAGAGCUGCUGUGGGAAGUAGAGGGUAUAGGAGGUCCUUUCCAGAGAACUCUAAUAGCUAAGAAGCUACAGACAAUGGCGCUGAAGGGGGAUCAUCAAGUUGUGGGCAGGUUGAAUUUUGAGACAGAAAGCACUGAUAUCCCAAUGGAAGAAGUGAAGACACAGAUGCAGAAAACCAUGGAGUACACUGUAGAGGUUGUGGAGGAGGUUGUCCAGAUCAAAAUAAGAAAAGAGGUGCAGGACACACCUGUUACAACACGUGGCCGAAGCAGCAACCUGAAACGCAAAAAGCUUGGAGAAGACUCUGGAGUGACAACGAACAAAAUCACUAGGGUGGAGGACAUUGAGGCUGCAGCUCAGUCUCCAGUGGAGAGGAUGGCAGAAGUUGUCAGAAGUUCUCUGAAUGCAACAGAGGCUAAUCUUAAGGAAACAGCUGUCACUGUGACUCAUGGUGAGGAAAAUGUAAUGGAUGUUACUCAUGUUCAGUGUGAAGAACACAAAGAACUGACCACUGAAUCUAAAGAGAGUGUGCUGGAAGUUUGUGCUCUAACCAAAUCUAUCACAGAGCCAGCGACAGUAGCUCCAGAGGAAGCUCUGGAGAAAACAGAGUUGUUCCAAAUGACUCCUGUCGCAGAAAUCCAGAGUAUGAAGAGCAGUGAGGAAACACAAGUUGUGAAAUCGUUUGAAGCCACUGUUGGUCCGGUUGAUGUUCAACCUGUAGAACUUCAGCAAGUGGUAGAGGUGGAGAUUGUUAAGAUGACAUCAGGAAUCGAAGAGGUAAAAGAAAAAACUGAAGAGAUUACAGGGACUGAAGAUGGUAAAGGUGAGGUUGAGGAGGAGAUAUCUGAAAAGACUGUGGUAGCUGCAACUAGUGUAGUAGAGGAAGCAAGAGCAACAUGUGAAGAAAUAACAUGCAUGCAGAAACCUAGCCAACAGACAGAGCUUGAUCUUAAACCAGUCAUUAUGGAAGAGAGUACAACCACAGAAAUGAUAGUCCUGAGAAAAAGCAGUAGAGUAAGCACUGCAACCCCUCAGUGGAAAUCCACUCGCCUCCACGAUGAACCUCAGGUGGCCAGCAAACCGUGUCCAUCAGAGGCUAAAGCUGCACCCAAACAAAGAUCCACACGAAGGAGCAAAGCAGUGCAGCAGGAGGAAAGUGCACAAGCAGUUGUCCAACCUGAAAAUGAAGAGGACCAAGGAAUGAGAAAAGAGGCAGAGAAGAAGGAAGAAGUUGUGGACAUAGUCAGAGAUGCUAAUGAGGCAUGUUCAAUUCAGAGUAAAAUCACAGAGGAGACAGAUGAUAUGAAUGAAGAAGUAUUAACAGAAAAAGAUAAGGGGAGUCCACAGGAUGCAGUUUUAGAAGGUGAUUUAGAAGAAGAUUUUAAGAUAGAUGGUGAUAAAGUAACAGCUGAGGAAAUAUGUCAAGAAGGGAAAGAAAUACAAAAUGAUUCAGAAAUAGAAAACAGGGAGGAAACUUCAGUGAAUUAUGUAGUAGAACUAGCAGAGGUACAGGACAGUGAAACCUCUGAAGAAUUGUCAGAGCCAGAGAAACUGCCGAUUGUGGCUGGAACUACAGACGAAGUUCCAGAGGUUGAAUCAGUUGAAAAAGAAAAAGCAGGGGGAGUAGAGGUAGAGAAAAUAGCGUUCAGUGAAAAUGUGGUUGGUGGUGCUGAAGAAAGAGAAGAAAAGAAUGAAAACAUGGAGAUUGAGGAAAGUACUGUAAACGAAGCUGGAGUUCCAAAGCUUCCUGUGACCGAAAAGGAGCACAUGGAAGAGGUGCAAGAGGAGGAAAGUAUGGAAGACACCAGCAUGGUUCAAGAAGGCAUAUCUGAAAAGAAGAAGGAGCCUGAAGUUCCAAAGCUGAGUCAUGAUAAUGAGGUGAAAUCAGAAAAUAGGACUGAACUGAUUGAAGAGGAAAAUCCAGAAAAGGCAAGCUCAUGCCCAACAGGGAAACAUGAUGACAGUCAACGAUCAAACAAUGCAACCCUGUUAAGACGCUCUCAAAGAUUUAAAGAUCAGCCGCCAGAAGGUGAACUGACAAGAGUUCUCAGAAGUGGUACAAAAUCAGUCACAACCAUUUCGAAACAAAAGUAUGUGCAACAUACCAAAACUGUGAAGCAACAAGAGGAAUGUGCCCAAGCAGAAGGUGAGCAUGAAGUUGAGCAGAAGGAAGACAUUAUGGAGUCAAACACUGGAGUUGCAGAGGGAGAAAAAAUGGAGACAAUAAGAUUUACCAGUGUAGAAGAUAAUGAAUGUGUAAUAGAUAAUGUUGAGAAGAUGAGCUCACUGGAUAAGGAAUAUUUCGAACCAGAAACAAGUGAAGACCUCAAGGAAGUGGAAGACAGUUCACAGUUUAAAAAUAAGAUGAAUGAAGAAGACCAAGUGACAACCAAAGAUGCAUCUCUUGAAGAUGCAGAGACAAGCAGAGAUGGUACAAAAAUGGCAGUGAUUGAAUUUGAUGAUACUGAAGUUGUGAAAGAUACUGAAAUGGAAGUUGAAGGGAAAGCAACACUACAGUCUGUUGGAGCGCAAGAGGAAGCAAGAGAAAUGGCACAGAAAAAAGAGGUGUUGCAGACACAAUCUCUGGUUGAACAAGCUGAAAAAGAGCAAACAGAUAGUGAGAAGUUAGUGGAAAUGGCAGAUAUUGAAAACACAGUGAUGACUGAGGUUAUAGACAAAACUGGAACAGAAGAAAACAGUAAAGAAAAGAUGGAGAACGAGAUCAAAGCUGUAUCAAAGGAUGAAGACACAGCUCCAGAGUUGACUGAUUCAGACCAAGGCUUGAUUGAGGUAGUGCAAGAAGAGGGACCUCUGAAAGAGAGCAAACCUCUUCGAGAAAUUCCAGGCAAUGAGGAAUUGGAAAUUGAAGACAUCAGUAAGCCAAGUCAUUGUGAUGAGGAGAAGAAAUCAGAUAACUGGACAGAACCGAUUGAACAGGAAGAUUCAGAUAAGGCAGACAAUUCAGGCUCAACAGGGAAACAUGCUGCCAGCCAAAGAUCAAACCACGAAACACCAUUAAAGAGUUCUGGAAGAUUUAAAGAUCAGCCUGUAGAAGGUGAAUUGACAACAAGAGUUCUCAGAAGUGGUACAAAAUCAGUCACAGCCAUUUCCAAGCAAAGGCAUGUGGGACACACAAAAGCUGUCAAGCAGCAGGAGGAAGAGCCAGCCACAGAAACGGCACAGAAAGAGGAAUCCACAUCAGAUUUCACACAGCAAAAAGCUGCUGUUGUGCCUCCCUCCAAACAAAUAGGUGACAGUGAGACUGCUGAUGAAAGAUUACUGUCUCCAGAGGAGAGAAAUCAAGAAGUAGAUAAAAUAGCAGGUACUGAUGAAAAUCGAGAGGAGAGAAAAGAAGAGGUGCAGCAGACAGAAUCUCUAGUUGAGCCAGCUGAAAAAGAUCAAGCAGGUGAGAGUGAGACUUCUGUUGGAUCAACACAGUCCCAGGAUGGGCUGAACAAGGCUGAUGUUGCAGAGAAAGAAGAUGCAUUUACAGAGAUGGAGGUAGAGGAAUCCAUGACAAAAAGCCUUAAGGAGCAAGUUGGAGAAGGGGAUGCAGGUAAGAUGCUGAAAACAGACAGUGAACAAGAAGAAAGUGUGUUGGCAGAAGAAAAACUGAAGGAUGACAGAGCAGGAGAGAUCAUAUUAGAAGAAGAAUCAGGUGUAGCAGUGGCUGAAAAUACAGCAGAAAUGUGUACAAGUGAAAGUGAAAAACAUCAGAAAGAGGAUCAGAAGAGUAUAACAGCUGGCCACGAGGAGGCUGUCCAGGAAAGCUCACCUGAAGAAGAGACACCAAUUAUCACCAGCAGAAGCCUCAGACGGAGAACAAUAACAGUCAUGUCAACGCCACAAAGAAAAUCUAAACAUCUCCGAAAAACAGAGGUGGACAUGGGAGAAAAUGAAAAUGUAGUGUUGGUUGAGGUUACAGACAACACUGAUAAGGGCAGCAUUGAGGAAGCAGAAGAAAACAAAGAUGAAAAGAUGGAGGCUGAGGGUGGUGCUGGAUUAAAGGAUGAAGACAGAGGUCCAAAGUCAACUGAUACAGAUCAAGGCCAGAUGGAGGUGGUGCAAGAGGAGGAACCUCUGAAAGAGACCAAAAUUCUUCAAGAAAUUCCAGGCAAUGAGGAAACAGAAAUUAAAGAAGUCAGCAAGCAAAGCUGUAGUGAUGAGGAGGACAAAUUGGAUAACUGGACUGACCCAAUCGCAGAGAAAGAUUCAGAUAAGGCAGACAACUUAGGCUCGACAGGAAAACAUGCUGACAGCCGAAGGCCAAACUAUGCAACGCCAUUAAGACGUUCUGGAAGAUUUAAAGAUCAGCCUGUAGAAGGUGAAUUGACAAAAAGAGUUCUCAGAAGUGGUAGAAAAACAGUCACAGCCAUUUCCAAAGAAAAGUCCGUACGACACCCCAAAACUGUGAAGAAUCAAGAGGAAAGUGCACAAGCAGUAGGUGAGCAUGAAGUUGAGCAGAAGGAAGCACACACUGAAGCUGCACAGGGAGAAAAAGUGGAUGGAGAGAAUAGUGAAAAUUCAACUGACAGUCUUCAGGAGGAAAGCAAAGUGGAAGAGGGAAAUUUAGAAGCAGAAACAACUCAUGACCAUGACCUCAAGGAAGUCAAGAACAAAAUGGAAGAUGGUUUACAGAAUGAAACAAUCGAAGAUGGUCAGAAAAUAGUAGUUGUGGAUCUUGAUGAAGCUGAAGUUGUGAAAGAUGCUGAAAUUGAAGUUGAAGGGAAAACAGGACCAGAGCCAGGUGAAGAGCAAGUGGAAGAACCAGGCACAGAAAUGGCACAGAAGGAGGAUGGGGAGAAGGUAGUGGAAUCCAUGUCGGAUUUCACACAGCAAAAAGCUGCUGUUGUGUUAGUGGAAGUUCCCCCUAAACAAACAGACGACACUGAGACUACUGAGGAAACAUCUCAGUCCCCUAAAGAAGCAGAUCAAGAACUGGACAAACCAGCAAGUACUCAAGAAGACACCGAGGAGAACAAAGAAGAGGAAGAAGUGGUGAAGCAGACACAAUCUCUUGAUGAACCAGCUGAAAAAGAAGAAACAGGUGGGAAUCAGACUUCUACUGAAACAUCACAGUCUCAGGAGGCAGACUGGCUAAACAAGGCAGAUGCAUUGGCAGAGAAAUUGGUAGAGGAACCCAUGACAGAGGAGCAGGUUGUAAUGGGUGCAGAUAAGAUGCCAAAAUCAGGCAGUGAACAAGAGGAGAGAAUGUUGGCAGAAGAAACACUGAAAGAUGACAGAGUAGGAGAGAUUACAUUAGAAGAAGAAUCCUCUGCAGCAGUGGCUCAUAGUGCAGCAGAACUGCGUACAAGUGAAAGUGAAAAGCAUCAGAAAGAGGAUCAGGAGAGUAAAACAUCUGGCCAUGAGGAGACUGUUGAGGAAAGCUCAUCUGAAGAAGAGACACCAAUUAUCAUUAGCAGAAGCCUCAGACGGAGAACAGUAACAGUCAAGUCUCCACCACAAAGAAAAUCUAAGCAUCUCCAAAAAACAGAGGUGGAAAUGGCAGAAAAUGAAAAUGUAGUGUUGGUUGAGGUUACAGACAACACUGAUAAAGGCAGCAUUGAGGAAGCAGAAGAAAACAAAGAUGAAAAGAUGGAGGCUGAGGAUGGUGCUGUAUCAAAGGAUCAAGACAGAGUUCCAAAGUCGACUGAAACAGACCAAGGCCAGAUGGAGGUGGUGCAAAAGGGGGAACUUCUGAAAGAGAACAAAACUCUUCAAGACGUCCCAGGCAGUGAGGAGACAAAUAUUGAAGACGUCAUGAGCCAAGUCAUGGUGAUGAGGAGAAGAAGUCAGAUAACUGGACAGAAGUUCUCAGAAGUGGUAGAAAAAGCAGUCACAGCCAUUUCCAAACAAAAGCAUGUGGGACACAUAAAAACUGUGAAGCAGCAGGAGGAAAGAGCACAUGCAGUAGGUGAGCCUGAAGUUGAGCAGAUAGAAGAAAUCAUGGAGAACACUAGAGUUGCAGAAGAGGAAAAAAUUGAGACAGUAAACGCUGCCAAUGAAAGGGAUAAUGAAAAACUGACCGCUCUACAGGACAGAGCCCAGGAGGACAGUGGAGUGGAAAAGGAAUAUUUAGAAUCAGAAGCAACUCAUGACCAUGACCUCAAGGAAAUGGAAGAUGAUUCACAGAAUGAAACAACUGAAGGUGCUAAAAAAAUAGUAGUUGUGGAUCCUGAUGAUGCUGAAGUUGUAAAAGAUGCUGAAAUAGAAGAGAAAUCAACACAACAAUCAGGUAAAGAGCCUGUUGAAGAGCUGGAGGAGGAACGAGCCACAGAAAUUGCGCAGACAGAGGACGGACAAAAUGUAGUAGAAUCCACGCCAGUUUUCACACUACAGGAAGCUGCUGUUGUGCUUGUGGAUUUUAACAAAGUUCCCCCCAAGCAAACAGGUGACAGUGAGACUACUGCAGAAACAUCACAGUCUUCAGAGGAGGGAGAUGAAGAACGAGAUAAACUUAGUAUUAGAACGAGUAAACUAAGUAUUGAAGAAAACCGAGAGGAGAGCAAAGAAGAGGAAGAAAUGAUGAAGCAGACAGAAAGUUUGGUUGAACUAGCUGAAAAAGAGCAAACAGGUGAGAAUGAGACUUCUACUGAAACAACAGAGGAGGAGAUGGGGGUAGAGGAACCCAUGACAGAAAGCCUAAAGGAGUGUGUUGUGGAAGUAGGUGCAGAUAAGAUGCUGAAGACUGCCACUGAAAAGAAGAGACAUCAGAAGAGUGUAACAACUGGCCACGAGGAGGCUGUCCAGGAAAGCUCAGCUGAAGAAAAGACACCAAUUAUCACCAGCAGAAGUCUCAGGCGGAGAACAGUAACAGUCAUAUCAACACCACAAAGAAAAUCUAAACGUCUUCAAAAUACAGAGGUGGAAGUGGCAGAGGAUGAAAAUGUACAGAUGACUGAGGUUAUGGAGAAAAUUGAUAAGAACAGCAUUGAAGAAAAAGAAGAAAACAAAGAUGAAAAGAUGGAGGCUGAGGUCAGUGCUGUACCAAAUGAUGAAGAUAGAGUUCCAGAGUCAUCUGUCAUAGACCAAGGCCAGAUGGAGGUGGUAGAAGAAGUAGAACAUGUGAAAGAGACCAGCACUCCUCAGGAAAUCCCAGGUAAUGAAGAAUCAACAAUAAAAGAACUCAGUGAAUCAGAUCUUGCUGAUAAAACAGAAGUUGCUGACAGUUACCCUGCUAAAGUUGUAAAAGAUGCUGAAACAGAAGAAAACAAAGAUGAUGUGAUUGAGGCUGAAGACAGUACCAUAUCAAAGGAUGAAGACAGAGUUCCAGAUUCAACUGAUACAGACCAAGGUCGGAUGGAGGUGGAGGGACCAGCCGUAGAAAUGAUACCUGGACAGGUUGAGCAGAAAGCAGAGGAAGCCACAGCAGGUUUGAAACUGCAGAAAGCUUCUGUUGUGCUUGUGGAUUUCAACAAAGUUCCCCCUAAACAAACAAUAGACAGUGUAACUGCUAAAGAAGCAUCACAGCCUCAGGAAGAGUUAUGCCAAGAACUUGUUGCGUCUGCAGAUAUCGCAUACAUAGAGCAGAGUAAAGCAGAGGAUGAAGGUAUGAAACAGACAGAAACUCAGACUGAAUCAGCUGAAAAAGAACAAGCAGAUGAAGACGUAGUGAAAAUUGCAGAAAGUGAAAAUGUAGAAACAUUUAAGAAUAAAAGUGCUGAGGGCACUUCUGAAAUAAGAGAUAAUAAUGAUGAAAACAUGGAGACUGAGGGAGAUGGUGUAAAAGAAGAUGAAGACAGAGUCCCAGAGUUGAUACCAGAGGUGGAACCUGUGAAAGAGACUAGUACUCUUCAGGAAAUCCCAAGUAAAACUCAAAUCCAGGAGCCAAGUCAAGCUGAUGAAGAGAAACCAGACACUGAAACUGAAGAGGAAUUUUCAGAUUUGGCACACAAAGCAGACAAAGAAAACAAGAAGACAAUGAAAGACCAGAAGUUGGAACCCCGAGUCCUCAGAAGCUCUGCAAAACAAGUUAAAGCCACUCCCAAGCAGAGAUACACAAGGCAAACCAAAGCCAUGGUGCAGAAUGAGGAAAGUGAACAAACAGUGGAUAAGCCUGAAGAGAAAAGGGAGGAAAUUAAGGAGUUACAGACUAAUGUUGCAGAGGGAGAGAAAAUGGAGACAGUUACCACUGAAGGGGCUACAGAAAAUCUGAUUACAACUGUAGAGGGCAGGGUUGAGGAAAAUGAUGAAUUAGAACCUGAACAAAUCGAGGAAAGUGUGGUGGCUAAAGAUAUCAGGACUGAACAAUGUUCAGAAGGCGACAAAGGUACAACAGAAGAUGAGGUUGAAGAAGCUGUGGAGGCAACCACAGAUGAACAGAAAAUAUCAGAUCUUCAUGUUAGUGACAUUGCAGAAGAUGCUGAAAUGGAAGCUGAAGGGAAAACACCAGCACGGUCAGUCACAGAGCCUGUUGAAGAGCAAGCAGAGGCACCAGUCACAGAAAUGGCACAGAAUGAAGAUGGGCAGAAUAUGACAAUUGAGACUACUGAGGAAACAUCACAGUCUCAGAAGGAGUUGGAUAAGCAAACAGAUAUUGAUGAAGACAGAGAGGAGAGCAAUGAAUAUGAGGAAGAGGUAAAGCUGACAGAAUCUCUGGUUGAAUCAGCAGAAAAAGAACAAACGGUAGGGGAUGAGGCUGCACAUCCUCAGAAUGAGGAAGGCCUAGACAAGGCUGAUGUUUUAGAGGAAAAUGAACCUCUUGCAGAGAUGGCAGGUGCAGAUAACUCACUGAAGACAGGCAGCGAACAAGAGGAGACUGUGUUGGCAGAAGAAAAACUGAAAGUUGGAGAUAUUACGUUAGAGGCAGAAUCCACUGCAACGGUAUCUGUGUGUACUAAUGAAAAUCAGAAAGACGAUCAGGAAAAUAUAACAACUGGCCAUGAGGAGACUGUCGAGGAAAGCUCGCCAGAAGAAGAGACACCAGUUAUCACAAGCAGAAGUCUCAGACGGAGAACAGUAACAGUCAUGUCUCCACCACAAAGAAAAUUUAAACGUGUCCAAAAACCUGGGGUGCAAGCAGAUAUUGGAAAAGCUGAGGCAGUCAAAGAUACAGAUGUAAGCGAAGCUGAAAAAACACCAGCAAUAUGUUUGCCUACAGAGGUCAGUACGCCUGAAAAAGCUGUGGAAGAUCCUUGCGAACAUGGAGAAGUGACCUCUGAAACAGAAACACAAGAAUGCAUUUUAGGGGAGCAGGGGACAGAGGCAUUGGUUGCUCAUGAAAUGCCUGAAAUUAAGUUAAAAAUGUUGGCUGAUGAGGGAGAUGCCGUUAUGAAAGAAAGUGAAGAUAAAGAAAAGGGAGAAAUGACAUCAGACACUGCAGUCAGUGCUGAUGCAGAGGCCACUACAAUAGAAGCAGAAAAAGUAUUACAGGUGAAGAGCACUGAAGUGGACCAUGAAAAAGAUGAGAAUACAGAUGAAGAGAUGGUUUUACUUGUGCAGGACAGUGUUGCUCCAGAAAAGGAGUUGGAGAUACCAACUGGUAGUCCAACAAAUUUGGUAAUAGAGGCCACUACACAAGCAGAGGGAAUGGUGGAAGGUGAAGUGGAUAGCCUUGGAAAGGAAAAUAAUCAAAAUUCAAGUGUGACUAAACCUGCUCAAGAGACCACUGAAGAGGAGGUCUCAGAGGAAGAAGGGGAGCCUAUUAUGACGAGGAAUCUCAGAAAUAGAACAGUAACAGCCAAGUAUCCAAUGCGAAGAAAAUCGAAACGUCUCUGUCAAGAAGUGUCAGAGACACCUGUUAAAAACCCACAGCCCGAGAAGGAAGCAGCAUCGGUAGAAGCUUCAAAUGAAAGAGAAACAGUGGAGCCCAUUACAGCUGUUGAAGAGAAGAAUGAGAUAAAGAUUACAGAGACAGAUUCAAAAGAUGAGAGUGAAGAUGCACAGGUGGCCUCUGAAGAGAUGAGCAAAGAAGUCAUCACUUUAGAGGAGCAGGGAGGGGAAAACAUUGCUGAAACUGAUGGAAGAAAAGUGGAGAGGAUAACUGGUGGGGAGAAUGAUAUGGUGGAAGAGGUUCCUGAAGAUAAAGUGGAAGAGAGGACAACUGAGGGUGCAAAUAAUGAAAAAGUAGGCAUGGAAAUCCGUGUAGAAGGCAGUGAUUUAAUAGAUAAUGACAUGGAAAAAGAACCAGAUAAGACAGAUAAAGAGGAAGAAGGCAAUGCAAAAGCUGAGCAAGAAAAUAGUCAAGAGGAGAACAUUCUGAACAAAGUUGAGGCUCAGUUGGUUGAGGAAAAGUCUGAGGGAGAAUCUAGUUUAGUGAAAGAAAAAACACAGAUUAAAGAACCAGAAGAUAAAGAGAAGUCGUCAACCACAGAAGAAAUUAUUGAUGAAGUGGAAGAGGCAGUAUCGGUUGAAAGAAGGUCACUGAGAAAGAGAACAAUAACUAUUACAGCCACAAGUGAAAGGAAAUCUAAACGGAUGUGCAAACAAGAUCAGGAUGAAACUGAACAAGUACAUGUGUACAUCACUGAAGAUCCUUUGUCUGUAGAGCAACCAGUGAUGGAGCAGGCUGAUGUGAAGUCACUCGCAGAAGAAGAAACCACAGGUCAAGAAGUAACAGAUGACAGUGAAAAAGAUGGAGAAACUCUCUUAGAAAAAGUUCAGGAGCAGGAAAAUCCAGAGGGUGAAAAAACAUGUGGAGAAACAAAUAUAAGCACAGAGAAAGAGAAGGAUGGACCUGAGCAGGCCCAGUCAAGAGAGCUUGUAAAUGUGUCAGAGGAAGAAACAGAUACUAAGACAGAGGCUCAGGAAGUCAAGAAAGCUGAGGAGGAAGGAGAAGACAAAGCAGAGGCAGGUGAAUGUAAGGAAGAGGCAGCAGAGCAUGAAAACAAGAUCACAGGUAAAGGUGACAGAACAGCUGAUACAGCAGAAGAGAUCGAAGAGAGUCAAGAGGAGGCAGAGCCAAAUGAAAAGAAUGAUAAUGAAAUCAGUCUUACUCUAGAUGAAAGCUUCACUUUAGAGUUGGAGGAGGAGGAUGAAAAUAAUGGCCCACAGGAAAACAAGGUAGAGGAGGAGAUGGAGACUUCAUUAAUGGAACGUCUAAAUGUGGCCUCCACAAAAGAACACAUCACAUAUAAGGAAGAAGAACCUGCUUUGAAGAAAAGACAAGUUCUUCAAGGGAGAUCAUCAGCAGCAGCUUCACCUGAGCAAAGAUCUACAAGGCGGAGCAAGCGAUUUCUUAUGGAGAGUCAGAGUGAAAUGGAAGGUAGGUCAGAGGUAGAGGUCGCUGAAGAGGAAGAGGGAAAAAAGAAACCUCAGCAAAAAAGAAAAGCCAUAGUUGACUUAACACCUCGUAGAUCUAAACGCCUUGCGAGACCAAAAAGUGUAUAGUUCCUAGCCUGCACAGGGCUUCAUAUGCAUUCUUUAAGGGACCAAAAUAACACUACUACUAUCAUUUUUAUCAUUGCAGUUUUGAUAUGCAAAAUUAAAUGUACAAUUUUUUAUUUCAUUUUGUAAUUUUCAAAUUUUGUCAUUUUAAAUUAGACUUUUUAAUAUUUUCAAGAUGUUUUUUGAUAUUUCCUGCUCUAUUUUAUUAAGCACUUCGAAGGGAUUGCUAUAUAAUGGCAUAUUUCCAUUCUUAAAUCUUUCAUCACAAAUGUGAAAUCAACAGUGACCCUGUAUAUACGUUUUUAUCAAUACGUUCAGGCAGAAUAAUACAUAUAAUGAAUACAAUGUGUAUACAUUAUAUGAAUAUAUGAAUAUAGUAUGCAUUAUUUGAAACUCAUUGUAGUAAACAUAGUUCACUACUGUGAGUUUCAGUACAUACAGUGAGUUUACAUACAAAUUUUCAUGAAUACAAUCGUUCUCCGAAAAUUCUAAUUGUCCCAGUUUUCAUACCCCAAACUGUGGACUGGCCAAGACAUUUUUUUUCUAGUUUUGCACAGGAGCUAUGAGGCUAAUGUAGGUAAAAUGUGAUGUAAGUGUAUGUCAGCCAAAAUAUUUUAUAUUAGUAUUGUAAUAUAUUAGCAUUGUAGCUCCACUGCAAAACCAAAGAAGCAAACCUCAAACAUUAAACGUCGUGGCCCGUUGACUAGUACUGGAGUAAGUGGAAAUUGUUUUCUGUGAACCAUUCCUUUUAAUUCUAUGAGCAAAAUAUUACUCCCUUUAUUGUGUACAAAACCAUUAUUAAAACUAUUUUUAACAUGUUCAGUAGUUUUAGGUUGUAGGUCAUUUUCAAGGGGCGUAUAUCAAUUUAAGCUAUUUCCUCUGAUUCUCUGAUCCAGUGUUUGUAUAAUUAACUGCAGUUAGCUGCCAAAUCUAUACUGUGAAAAUCCCAUCACAUGUUAUCUGUUAGAAAUCUUUUUCUCUUGAUUCUGACUUUAAAGUAUGCUGCAGGUAAUAGUACAGGUCAGUGUUUCCCAACCCUGGUCCAGAAGACCCACUGUUUUGCACAUUGCACAGGGCAAAAGUGCUUUGCCUGCUCCCAACACACCUGAUCCAACAAAUCAGCUCAAUAACAACCCCUCACUGAGUUGAAGUGGGUGUGUUAAGGCAGGGGAAACACUGGUGUAGGUUAUCCACUAGCACUAUACACUAGGAUAUUUUAAGUAUAUGCACUUAACUGUUCUUAUUAAUAGCAAUUAGUCACAACUGUGAAACAUAUUUGAUCAUUUUUUAAUUUUGUUUCUUAUGUUAAACAUAGCACUGUCUUCUGGAAAUCACAGCAAUUCUUAUAUCAGUGAAACAGAUGUUACCCUUUUGACAUUUGUAAACAUGUGCAGGUUAUGUGCUAUUUUCCAGUAAAUAAAGUGUAGCAUAAAUGUUUCUUUUCCGGUACCACUAAGUAGUAGUGGUGAUGUCUCUGCUGUUUAUUUUCUUUUUUUGUGGUUUGUUAUUUCUUGGUUUCUUACUGGUUUUAAUAAACUUUCAAACAGAUAUUUCCUUUG